AUGGCGAAAGAGAGCUCGUCGAUCUUAAAGUUCUUCCUCGUACAUACGGGCGGCGCCGACGACGUCGAGAGGGAGAGUUUAAACUGUCGGGAUCGAGACUAUGGCAUCCGUUUGCAGCAGGCCGCCGUUUUCGUUCCUGGCAGCGGCGUGCAUCGCCUGCUUUAUUUGCUGCUUCCUGAUCCGGCUCCCAGCUGCCUGCUGCAGCUCAGCAGAAUUGCAGAUGGAGGAGCAGCAGCAGCGUUCCACGGCCAGAAGACAGACGCCGCGAGCAUAGUCGGGAGAGCCCUGUCCUGCUUCAACGAUCGCUACAUCUACAGCGGGUGCCAGGGCGCGCUCCGGCUGGGCCCCGAGGGCGCGCUGGACGUGCCGCCGGGGUCGGUGGACGCCUUCUGCGGCGGGCCGUGCCUGGUGGAGACGCACCUCGUGCUGCGCUGCGUCGACGACGGCAUCGUGGCCGGCUUCCGCUUCUACAACGGCGCCUCCGCCGCCGACGUCCGCCUCGUGCUCGCCCGCGGGUGGUGCGGCCGCUCCGGCCUCCGGGGCGACUUCGACGACGUGCUGCAGCGCCUCGGAGGCGACGGGCACUUGUACGGCCGCGGGAGCGACGCCCGCGUCAGCAGCCUGGCGCAAGCGAUGCCGCUGCUGCUGAGUGCGGCCGCUGCUGUCGUCCUCGUAUGGACGUGAGCGCGUACGUGGAAGUAACCGUGUGUAGUAGGGACCAUAUUAUAUAUAUAGCAGGAUGUCAGUAAAAACAA